GCUGACAACAAGCGAUACAUAACCUAGGUACCUAAGGCAACAAUUACACCAAGUUAUUCCUCAGUGCACGAACUUGAAAUGCUCUCCUCUCAUUAUCCAUGAACAACUAGGCUUCUUCUUUCUCUAAUCUCCCUUUGUUGCCCAAGAUGCUUCUCCCAGAACUACCUCAAGAUGUCCUUUCACUUAUUUUGUCUCAUCUUGCACCCAGAGACUACCUUGCUUUCUGUCAGGUAUCCAAUGCAAUCUAUUCAGAGUAUCGACAAGACUCAUUGUACUGGCGGACCCAAACCUCCAUCACCUUCCGCCUCCCCAUCAGUCCCUUGCUUGCUGCCGAUGGCCCUCGCUGGUAUUGGCUAUACAAGCGUCUGAAGACCCAGACUGAACUUUAUACCUGGGGUCAAGGAGUCCGAAAUAACUUGGGUCCUGCCAGAGCUCUUCCAAGCUUCGCUCCCCAUCCACCCUUCAGGGGACCGAAUCCAGCACGGAGUCCCCUUACCAACAUCCCCAAUCGCCCUCGUCUAAGGCAGCUUCCACGACCUUAUCCACGCCAGAUCUUCCGGAGAGUUUCAUCCAACUGGCCAACAGAAACUCAUGUUCCAGAUGAAGUGGGAGUCAUUGUCGACCUCCAAUGCGGAGGUUGGUCAACCACUAUUCUUUCCUCAAAAGGCAGACUCUACACCGUUGGCAUCAUUGAUUCCAUGAAUGGGAUUCCCGUAGGCCAGUCUAGGCAAGACUUCACAAUGCUUGAGUAUAUUACACAAAGCACCUCGGCAGUACGCCAAUUUUCGUCCGGGAGACGACACAUACUGGCUCUGACAGAUGAUGGAGAAAUUAUUUCGUGGGAUCGUAUUGAUGCCAAGGGAUUGAAGGUAUUUCCGAGAAGCGGUAGAGACUUUGGCGGAAAACCUAUCAAGGUAUCUGCCGGCUGGGCAGAAAGCUCAGCUUACGUACCUGAGGCUGGGAUCAUAUUCUGGGACCCUGUUCGAAACAAUCAAAGUGAUGACAUGGACGACAGCAUUCAUGUGAAAGAGAAACUAAUUCCAGGGACGGCAAGGAAACGUACAGAGAAUGGCUACAUUGAGAUCACGAAGCAUGUCAUAUUGACGAAUUUCGCGGUUUGGAUCACCAGUGACUCGAAAAUAUAUGCAUGUGAUCUGCAUGUUGAUAGCGCCGAGCAAGACGCACCGACGGGGACUCCUUUUGAGGUUCCUGGUUUUAGUGGAGAUAACAGCGAGCUCAAGGAUAUUCAAGGCCAAUUCGAGAAGUUUGCUGUCUUCACUGCAUCAGGCAAAGUCAUUUCAGGAGAUGUUCAAUACCUGAGACGAUGUGCGGAAGUUGGGUCCAACUUGAUACUGGCAGAACUUCUACCCUCAAAGCCACGAGACAUUCCAGCACUGCAGCACACAGGGGUUAUCGGUCUAGCCUACGGCGACUAUCACUACCAUGCUCUGCAUGUCAACGGGAAGAUCACUUCAUACGGGACGGAAUCAAAACAAUGCGGAUCCUUAGGCCUCGGACAUUAUGAGGAAGGCGCAAAAUUUCGUGGUCUCUUCCGUGAACGAGCUCUGCCUCAAGUGGAUGCCUGUCUCACUCCAGCAGCUUAUCUCCGAGGUCGUCAAGUGUGGUUCGAACCUGAACUUAGGGAUUGGCUUAAAUGGCUUCAAGACUCAUCGCUACGUCCUCUGGUCGAGUCAAGCCACCAAGAGCGGUCAGAGAGUCAGGCAUGGACUGAGCAUCCUCGAAACUUUGCUGACAUCUUGAAUGGAGAGGCACAGGCCGCUUUUAGUGAAUGGGUGGAACAAGAGGGACGGCAUUGGGAAGAAGGGCCGGCGGCGUCGCGAACAUCUCUUUCUGCACCCGAAGACCAUGCUCCAAAAAAGCAGGAAUCAGGUGACUACGUAAACCUCGGUGCAUACUUCGUAAUUGCCGUUGCGGCUGCAGGUUGGCAUAGCGGUGCGCUGGUCCUCAAAGACGAAGAGAAGGCGUGGGAGGUCCGCAACCUGUGGGUCGUGCCGAAACGCCACGGUGAUCACGAAGAUCACGAAGAUCAUACGAAGUCGAUGCCUGGCGCCUUCCAACAUCUUGAUGUUGGUGAAGACGAAGAAUACAUCUUUCAAAACGAAGGGUUUCCCAGGGUGCAAUUACCCAACGGGACAGAACUUCCUGGACCAGGUGAACUGAGGCCUUGGAGAGACGGUAUGCCUACGAUGCAGGACAUGGGGCUGGGUCAGGAUGAGCCUCAGAAUGUCUGGUUAGGAGCGUGAUACCAAGAUUCAGCAGCCCUAUUGAUCCGUAACUUACCUUCGUUGCGGGUUCGGGGUGGGCGUUAAUUGCGAGGUGGAUGAGACGAAGCAAUGGAACUGAAACAUACCUAGGUAAGAAUUGAGACGUGCUUAUGGAGUACUUCGUAAAAAUACACAAGUACCACGAUGUUUAUGAUUGAAAUAUACCUUAUGUAUAGAUAUACGGCGCUACGGCCAAGAGGAAAAUGUGGACAAUAAGAGAAUCGAGAACAAUAUUUUCUUGCUUUUGAU